AUGCGGAACCUUUUAUUUGGGAUUCUUUUGUUUCUAUCACCGAUUUUCGCUUUGAAUUGCCCAAACGGGACACAGGAAUUCAAUGGUUACUGCUAUGAGAUGGGGAUCUCUCGUUUAAUCGAUUUUACUUCAGCUGACACUUAUUGUUCUGGAAGAGGAUUAGGCAAUUACAGUCAUCUUGCAUCGAUUAUGAACACUUUCGAGAAUUCCUAUAUUCAACAGAAUUUACCCGCUGGCGCCAAAGCGUGGAUCGGUGGUCAACAAUUUGGAAAUUCAUACUCUUGGAAUGAUGGCCUUCCGUUUUCCUACAACAAUGUGAACACUUCAACAAACGGUGGCUCAUGUCUUUUAUUUGAUAAAGACACCGGGAAAUGGCUGAGAUCCGAUUGCUCAGAGAAGCACUAUUUUGUGUGCAAAUUGGUCGAAACACCUCCAUUCAAAGUCUCAAACAGCACUGGUUUUUAUAAUGCAGCCGCCUACGUUCUUCGCGGCAUUGACCCAACAGCAAAUCCGUGCGAAGAUUUCUUCCAGUUCACCUGCGGUACCUACAUUGCCAAGACUAAAUUGCAUGGAGCUGAUGCAGUGAGCAUUUAUGACGAGGCUCAAACGGAGGUGAACAACGAGAUUGCGACCGCGCUUGAUUCUGUCAAUACCGCGAGUUCACUAACGGAAAGAAUCACGAAGAAUGCUUACGAUGCUUGCGUCUACAACUACAAUCAUCGCAUCGCCGAUCGCUCACAAGUCGUUUAUCAGGAUAUUUUAAAGGGCUUUGGUCUCACCGAGCUCCCAUUAUUCCAAAGUCCAAACACUCCUUUCUCGAUCUCGUCCAAUCAACUUUGGUCUGCUGUUGGGUAUUUUGAGGGCACUCGUGCUGUGGGAACUCUCCUCAACUCGUACUCAUCCGUUGACUACAAGAACAUUACAAAGAACGCUCUUUUCAUGGAUCAACCGGCACUCGAACUCCCGCGAGAUUACUAUGUGAAGCCGCAAUUCUUGACAAUCAUGGAGGAUCACGUUCAAGAAUAUGCUGAACUGAUCGAGCUUUGGGCUUCCGAUUUGAAGAAAACCGUUGACGAUGCCACAAUUCAACAGCUGGCUGCUGAUGUGGUGAACUUUGAAAUCGCGAUCGCCACCGCCUCGUGGCCGGAUGAACAAAUGAGAAAUUACCAAAAAAUCAAUCUCUUCAAGAGUGCCGGUUUGAGCUCGUCGAUUUUGAGCAGCAAUGCGGCCAUUGUUGGCGAGCCAUCAUAUUUUGCGUGGCUUAACUCAGUUUUUACGGGAAACGUCUACAAACAAGCCACAAUUGUCAACUAUAUCACUAUUCAAAUGGUUUAUGACUCUGUCGAUUUCCUAGCUGACAAUUUCGAUGCUCUUGCCGAGAAGAGAAAGUUCGAUGACACCGAUGAUUAUUGUGUGGAUGUGAUUAUGGAUUUUAUGCCAUACGGGCCAGGUUACGUUUAUGUGAAACAAAUUGGGGACGCGAAUCGGAAAGCAGUUGUGGCUGAUGUGAGCUCGCAGACAAAUGGGAUAAUCAGCGCUUUCACGGAUAUGAUCGGCUCUCUUGAUUGGAUGACAACAAACAGUAAGAAAAACGCUUACACAAAAGCCGACGGUUUAAUCAAAAAUGUCGGCUGGCCAGCGAUGUUCAAAGAUUUUGUUGAUACGAGUGAUUUGGAUAAAUAUCAUCAAGAUUAUGCGGCUAUCGCUAAUAUGAAUAAGACCCAAUAUUGGGAUAUUCAAUUGGUGCUGAAGAGUGCGAUUCAAGCGAGAGAAGCGUGGAGAUUGUUGAGUGCGCCGGCUGAUCGAACAAAUUUCUUGGAAUCCCCAGCCGAGGUGAAUGCUUGGUACCAACCCGAGCGAAACUCGAUCACUUUCCCAUAUGCCGCUUUCAAUCCACCAUAUUACAAACUUGAUUACCCACAAGCGUUCAACUAUGGAGGACAGGGUGGAACGGGAGGACACGAAUUGACACAUGGUUAUGAUGAUGAGGGAGUUCAAUUUGGACCCGACGGAUCUCUAUCUGGAUGUGAUAAUUUCCAUUGUGGAUGGAUGGAUAUGAAUUCCACAGCUGGAUUCACUGAUAUGGCACAAUGUGUUGUCACCCAAUACACUACCCAGUGUUGUCCAGUGAAGACCGGGAAUGUCCAUUGCGCGAAUGGAGCCACCACUCAAGGAGAGAAUAUUGCUGAUUUGGGAGGUCAACAAGCCGCCUAUCGUGCCUACCGGAACUAUGUUGCCAAACAGUUGAGUGGAGUUGAAGAGCCUCGAUUGCCCGGAUUGGAAGAGUACACACCGAAUCAAAUCUUUUGGAUCAGUUAUGGUUUCUCGUGGUGUGAAAAAAUCACGCAAGAUGCCCUAGUUCAACAGCUCCUCGUCGAUCCCCAUGCUCCUUCAGUUUGUCGUGUGAACAACGUGAUGCAAGACAUUCCCGAAUUCGGCCGUGACUUCAGUUGUCCAAAAGGAUCGACAAUGUAUCCACAAGACACAAAUCGUUGCAAAGUCUGGGUGGGACAA